AUGUAGAAAUCAUUAAGUAAUCCAAUAAAGGAAGCAGAUGAUGCUUUUAAGAAAGGCGAGAAGGCAAUAAAAACUGGUCUUUUAAAAUGGUCAGCUGAUUUUGCCGAGGGAGCUAUGUACUUUUAACAAGCAGCUAAAGCUUAUAAAUAGUUAGGUGAAAAAGACAAGGCUAUGCAAGCUUACUUAAAGUAUUCACAGUGUUCUGAAAAGAUCAAUGAAUUCUAUGGGGCAGCAGAGGGUCUAGCAGAAGCUGCAUUAUUUGAGAAAGACAAAAGAAAAAGUUUUGAACUGUUAAAGCAGGCACAGAAUUUCUUUAAAAUUCAGGGUGCAGCUAACUAAGGUACGAAUUUUCUUAAAAAAUUCGGACAAAAACUGAUUGAAUCUGACGAUCCUGAGUCUCAAAAUUUUGCUCUAGAUAUUUAUGAGACUCUUUUUGAGGAAGCCUUCGAAGGAGAUAACUUUGUUUGGAAUCCAGAUGUUGUCACCGACUAUGUUUAGAUUCUUAUGAAGAUGCAGAAGUACGAAAGAGCUAUAGCAGCAAAAAAACGAUUUAUAAAAUAUCUUAAAUAGACUGGCAGCAUUGAUCAUUAAAUGAGGAGAGCGUAUUUAGAAAUAUUGUGCAUUCAAAUAAUAGCAGAGGACUGGUACAAAAUAGAAAAUACUCUGCAAGAGUUUAACGAUAACUAUUAGGGCAAUGCUUAUGGAUAGGAUGAAUAUUUGAUAUGUGUUGAAUUGCAUGAUGCUGUAAAAGCAAAGGACUUUAAGUAGAUAGAAAAGAUAGCUAAAAAGCCAAUAUUUAGCUUCAUUGAUAUAGAAGUAGUGAGAAACCUAAAGAAACUAGCAAUGAAUCCUCCUAUAACAGACUUCAGUAAUCAAAGAGACAACAACAAUUCAUCAAACCCACCAAAGUCUAAAGAUCAAAUCUUAAAUAAUCUCUUACUUUGA